GUGCCUCUAGAGGGAGCUGAGCUCUGCCCGGCUCUGCCUUUGCAUCUAUGGUCUGGGGUUGGGUUUCUAUUUUUUUUUUUCUUCUUAUUCUUUCUCCUCUUCCUCCUCCUCCCCGUCCCUGCUCGCUUCCUUCCCCCGCGCCGCGCCGCUCCGGGGAGGAGGCAGGACGGAGGCGGCGGGGAUGGAGCAGCUCCCCGGCGGGAUGCACUAGUUCCCCGGGACGCCCCGGCCCGCCUGGUCCCCGCCGGGACGCGGUAAAGCUGUGACUCCCAAGCAUCUCUCUGCAAUGGCCUCAGGGAACAACGGUGACCCACCAGGCCCCCGGGUACGCUGGGACGGUGAUGGGCGCAGGCCGUCACAAGAAGUCAAUUCAGAAGACCAGGUGGUUGAGCAGACCGAGGAGGUGUUUCGGAGCUAUGCCUUCCACCGCUACCAACAGGAGAGAGAAGAGAGAGGGGAGGAAGUGCCCAUGGACCCAGAGAUUGCGGAGAUCCAGCAGGAGCCGAGCAGCACGGGGAGCCUGGUCGGGAGACGCUUGGCCAUCAUCGGUGACGACAUUAACAAGCGGUACGACGCGGAGUUUCGCUGCAUGCUAAAAUCCUUGCAGCCCAACAAGGAAAACGCCUACGAGUACUUCACCAGGAUAGCCCACAGCUUGUUCGAGAGCGGCAUUAACUGGGGCCGGGUGAUUGCACUGCUGGGCUUUGGCUACCGCAUGGCCAUCCACGUCUAUCAGCACGGCAUGACAGGUUUCCUCCGCUGGAUCGCCCGCUGCGUCGCAGAGUUCAUGCUCCGGAACCGCAUUGCCCAGUGGAUCGCCCAGCAGGGAGGAUGGGUGGCUGCACUCGAUCUGGACAAUGUUUACAUGAAGUAUAUGCUGGCGGUGGUGGCCCUGGUCAUGGUGGGGCAUUUAGUGGUACGACGCUUCUUCAGGCCCUGACUGACGCGGGGACAGAGGCUGGGGGGUCCGGCUAAGCUCUCUCUCAGAUCUCUGCUCCUCAAUAAUGACGUCUCCCAGGAGGGGAGGAUUCAAGGAACAUCCGAGAGAGCAGCUUGGACCUAUGACCCUUCCACCCCAGGGCCUCUACCAGGGUCUCUACCAUUCAUGGAGACACCACCAGGAGCUACGGAGAGAGACAGCAAAGGGGGAGGUUUGACUUUGUCGUCUGUUUUAUGCCUCGCUUAGCUACUGAGGAAAGAGGAUCACUCCUAGCGUGUAGCACUGACACAGAAGGGGUUCCUCUGGCACAGGGACUGGAGGAAUGAAUGGGUUAUGAUAACGCCUCUGCAUGUGUGUAUAUGUGUGUGCGCAUGUGUCUUGUCCGCUCUGUGCUGUUCUCGAGAGCAUUCCUUGGGGCAGGUGCAGAGCUGAUGCAUUUGCUGAUGGCUCCAGCCCAGACUGUGCCUGCAGCUGAAGAGGGUUUGCAGCCUUGGUUGCUGCAAUUCUUGUUUGUAAGUCACCGGAGAGGCAAGCCAUCAUCAGAAAACCUGUGGGGGGAUUUGCCUUCACUUUCCCUCUGCUCCUGAGCCCAAAUACUCGAGCCUUCUCUUUUCCUCUUUACCAACAACCCUGCCCCUUUUGAAGGAAACACACUGACUACCUGUCAUCUGACAGUCGAUGGUAAUAUCUGGCAAUGCUGGCAGGUAGGUUUUCCCCAACCUGAACCUGGAGACCUGCAGCUCUCAUGGCUGACACAGGUCCUGGGGCUGCACUGCCUGCUCUUCAGCCCUCCCGAGCGUUCAAAGGCUGCACGCCAGCAGGCCUAAGCAGCACCAGCAGCUCUCCAAACACUAAAAAGCUGUGGGGUGACUAACAGCCAGUGCAGGCAACGCACCUUCCCUCCAGCAGAUUUGUGUGCGGGCAAAAGAGCAGCCCAAGCGAGACCAGUUGGCCUCCCUCGCUCUCAGGGGGAGGCACUGGAAUUACAUCCAGUCCCUCCAUGAACUCUUUGCCUUUUGAACUCGGCUGGGCUGGAUGGUACAGCCAUGCCCUGUUUAAGCUCAGGACUGCAGUGUCCGAGCUGCAUAGACAGCAGGACGCACCACGCUGCCCCUGCUGUGGAUGGUUUCUUUGGCAAGUGACUCGACCUUGUCCUGUUCAGGACUGAUGCUUAAACAUGACUUUUGAGGAGGGAGGGAAGCAGGCACCCCUCUCCCAUCACAAAUCUUUAUGACUUUUGCAAAACAGGGGGAAAGUCCCAGUGUGGACCGUGUGGUUCGGCUCUGUCUAGUCUUUUUACUCCAGGUGACUGUGUAAGGCUUGAAACUGUGACUGGCUCUGUCUAAGCCAAACUCACCCUAUUGCAACACCCCUGUGCUGCAAGGCAGUCUGGCCUGCCAGGGCGACCUCGGAGGUAGGAAAUGAGCAGUGGCCCAAUGCCUCUUCUCCAAAUGCAGACAGAGCCCUUCUAGCCUGCAGCUGGGCAGAUGGGACUAGCAGUAACAUAAUAAAGAGGCUGAGCCCUGCUGCCCUUGGGGGCCUUGCCUGGUUCUCCUGCUGCAGAGAGGGCUGGGUGGUCACGACUGACACUGCGCUGUGACUGUCUCUGUGGCAUGGGGAUCACCGAACCGGGGCAGAGCUGGUCCCACCUGCAUCCUGCCUGGUGACACCUACUACAUGACUGUUGUGAGAGCCCAAGGGCAAAGGCGGGGGGGGGGGGGGGGUCUGAGAGAUCUUGAGGGAAGCCCAUCUGCCCCACUGUAACAAAGGCAUUGCUGAUAGACAUUUGUCUAACCUGUUUUUAAAAACCUCUGAUAUUGCCUCUGCAUGUCACUGAUUCCUACCUUAAUCUCUACCUUCAGACAGAUUUUUCCUCGGUGUCUAUCCCUUGCUUCAGUUUAAGCUUGUUACUCCAUGUCCUGUCCAAGCCCAGUGACAGGACAGCUUAUUUCCAUUCUCUUUGCAGCUGCAGAGGCUUAGCAGGACCAGCCAUAAUCUUUUAUCAUGUCCCUCACAUUCCUGUCCAUUUCUAACCUAAGAGUAACAAACUUUCCAGCCUCUUUCUGUAUCAGGGUCUUUCCAUGCUUAUCUUUUUGACCCUGACUGUUUCGGCAGCAUCCGUUUUCCUGGUGGAGUGCCCCAGACUGUGCUCGCUAGAAGGGCAUUAAAAUAUUUGCUAUAGUAUUCCUCUUCUAUAUAUCGCUUUGUUUUGGUUGCUUUCUGUGUUACACCUUUGUGCUGAGCAGCACAAAUAUCCAGUCUGUGCCCAGGUUUUGCAGCUGUGCUGAUACUCUUCAAGUAGUAAAGUGUCCACAUACUUCACUUGUCCCCUUACAAGUGCAUUACUUUGCGUUUAUCCACACACAGCUUCACUGACCAUCGUGCUGCCUGUUCAGCCGUCUGUAGCAGGUCUUAAGAUUUCCUGAUUCUUCUCUGGUUUGGACUUGUCUACGUAACUGUCAUCUGUAGAGCUUCCCAUCACAGCUUACCUUCUCUUCCGGGUGAAAACACCAGCAGAUGGAGCCUUUUUGCCACAAAGAAAGUGAACUGCUAGUUGUUAUUUUCCCUUUCUCUUAAUCAGCCACGUUAUACACAUACCACUGUCCUCUAGGCGAGCCGUUUUCUUUGGUCAUGUCUCCAGCAGGACUUUGUCAGAGGUCUUUGGAAAGAAAAAAAAAAGAGAGAAGUACAUCAGGAUGUCCUUUCAUUCACUACUUUACUGACACACUCCAAGGACUCUAAGGGUUUGGAGGGAACCUCUGGUCACACAGAAAGCCGUGCUGCUUGUAACUUACUGUCAUCUUCCAGACGAGGUGUCUCACCUUGCUAGCCAAAUUCAGAUGCAAGGCUAGCAGACUUUAAAAAAAGUGGGCAUUUUUCAUCUUAUGGUAGAUGAUCAAUCCUUGGUAAAGUCUGUGAUACCAGAACCAAGAAGGAAGCUUUAAAACCAGGUGCUGUAACAAAGGAGGUUCCAUUUUUAACCAUUUUCUCAGGGGAUUUGCAGGGAGGGUUGUCUUAGGAUAUCAGCAUGUUGUUUUGCUCUGCUCUCACCUCUCCUAACCUCAGUGGACAACCUUCCCUGGCACUGGUUUCUAAGUGGAAAAAAGCUUGAACUGGGAAUGUGAAUGGGGUGACUGCUCUGUAGUACUGUGUCCUGUCACUGGAUGGCAACAGCACUGCAGAUGAAGCCACCCAGGUGCUGGCUCCCGGGGCAGAGGGGCUGGACUCCCACUGAAGGAGCAAUCUUCAUGAAGAUGCCCCUCUUCGCCCAGGUGACCUUGGUGCUCAUCAGCUGUGGGCUCUACCCCUCCAAGCUGGCUUGUGCUGUGCUCUGACACCCAGCAAAGGGAAUAUCACUGGGUUUGUAUCUGACUCCUGUUUGGGAAAGUACCAAGUUCUUCAAGGCAUCAGGAACAGGCUAAAGCAGGGUAUUCCCCUCUGGAUUUGCUGGGCCCAAGGCAGACUAAGACGAGAAGGUCUGGCCCUCCCCAGAAGUUGAUGCUGUCUGUAGAAGUCGGUGGGCCCUUUCUAGAGAGCCGCAGCAGGUACGGACCUCGAAGCCCCACUCGGCAGAGGUCGGGCAGGGGGCCUGGACAAGGUGCCUUAGCCCACCUUGACUACAUGCAGAAGGCUUUCGCUUCUCGGAACGGAGCCAGCAGCCACUUUUACAAAAAAGUGUUUCUGCUACAGGAUUAAGAGCUCUAGAAAAACUAGGUUCUUAGAAUAAUCCCAGACUUUCCUCACAGGGCCAAAUCAGCCGAUUUAUUCUGAUGGGAUAAAGAGCUGAUCAACUAUAUUGUUAACAAGCUUAGUUUAACUGCCAACCCAGUCACAUAUUGCACAAAAUGUACAAAAACUAGACCAUCUGGUGCACUGAAGAGCAGAGCUCACCUGUUGUCACCUUCCCAGCCACCAUGGUGCUAUUGGGGCAUGCCUGCUCCUGGGGCUGUGGCUUGUUCCCCUGUAAGCAAGGGAAACAGCAGCAGGCAACCCUCAACCGGAAAACAAGGGCAGGAGAUGAGGAGAAGGCUGCAGCACGGGUGUUCACAAGGAGAGGAUAACCCCAGAUUGUUCACAGAAUCCCUUAGGUUGGAAAGAAAGUGCAGCCCCACUUCGAGCAAGGCUACCUAAAUCACUAAAGGGUUUGGUGGACGGUGCCGAGCAGGCAUGUCAUUUUGCUAGGAUCGGUGACCAAGCUGGGGUUGCGUUUGAGGAAGGACUGGCUCUCUGGGAUGCUCAGAGCUUAGCUGCGCCCGCUGGUACCAGCAUCUACCCAGUUUGCUCACUGGGUAGGGAGAGGAACCAAAGGCUUGUGCUAUUUCCCUUCUCUCCCCACUCCCAGGAUCCAUUACAUGAGGUGGAUUCGGUGUCCUGGUGCCCAGUGAAGGCUGGGAUGUAUCCCAGAAGCAGCAAAGAGGGGUGCGGGUGGUGCCAGUGUCCAGGUCUCUGCCUCGGAAGGGCUGUAUAUGGAUGCAAGGCAGGGCAGCUAGUAGCAGCCCCACUCAAAGCCACAUGCCCACACUACGCUGUUCCUCGUACCUCUCUGCUGAGUCCCUACAUGUCAAGGAUUGCAGGGAGAAAAAGGGGAGUUCCUUUCAGCCGAGAUUUCUCUGUGCCAGCAGCUACCCCAGGAGAGGUGUAACAGGAACAAAGCACAGGGGGGUGUCCAGAGAGCUCCUGGUUCAAGCAGAAGUGUGUGUGACUUGAAGGAGGUAGGGGGAUCUAAUUCAGAAGGUUAUAAUCAUUGCAUAGAAAAGGGAGGAGAGUCUGAAGGGUCUCAUUUACUGAGCUUACUUGAGGGCAUUUUAUACCCCAUCUGCUCCCAGCUCCUUCCUCCUGGAUGGAGGAAGCUGCUUGAGCCAAGAGUUUGCUUGUCUGGAGCCCCUUCCCUUUGUAGCCAUUUCACAUGCUGUGACACAAGAGAGUCAAGCCCUCCCUGCCAAACACUGGCUGCAUUGGAGCUCCGGCUGGUAGGGGCCAGUGCUGCCCAAGGGAGACAAGUCUCUUAGCGGUCAGGACUGGUGGCAGCCUUCUGUGAAGCUCUGUGUAAUACGUUUUACAUUUAUACUUGAAGUCACGCUGUUGCUAUUAAUUCUGGUUCUGCCUUGCUUUUUGUCACAGUAUCGGAGUGCAUGGUGUUCCACACAGCUCGUUCCCCAGCUCCUUUCUGUUCUCCUCCAGCAAGUCCUGGUCCCUCCCAGCCCUGCAGGAAGAGGACAGAGUACAUGCUGGAGCAAUAAACCAAGCUUUGCACUGACUCCAGAGGGGAGGGACUGAUAAACACCUUUCCUUUCUGGAAGGAGGAGGAGAGGACCGUGGCAGACUGGAGACCAGUAGUGGUCCCAGUGGCGGUGGGGAGGGGGCAAAGGAGCUCUGCAGGACAGUUCUCCCCCUGUGCAAGCCAUCUUUAAACAGCAGGCAAGGGGUCUGUGUGGAACACAGUAGGUUGCUUUUACCAGAUAAAGAUUUCUUUCACAAAUAUUCUGUUUUAAAAUGAUGUUAUAUAUAUAUAUAUAUUUGAAAAUAAAAAGGUACAUGCAGUGCAAGCUCUA